UUGAAUUUGAAAAGAAAGUUGUGAUUUUUAAAUUGUUUAAUAAUCAAAAUUAAACGGUUUUUCCAAUUUUGAUUUAUCAUUUUAUUUAGUAAUAUGUCAAAAAUGAAGAAUCCCGACGAAUUAGCUGAGAAACACUUAAAAACUGUUAGAGUUCCUCCAGGUUUGGAAAAACCAACUGAAGAAUUAGUUAGGAGAAUGAUAUCACAUACAGCUUUUAACAAUCCAGAUUACAAAUGGUGUUUAAAUGAUUUCGAACUCGGUAAAAGGAUGGGAAGAGGAAAAUUUGGGAGAGUAUUUAUGGCUCGUGAGAAGCGUACUGGAUUUAUAGUAGCUCUAAAAACUUUAGUCAAGAAAGAAAUUGUUAAAGGUCGCGUUGAAAGAUUAAUAAUGAGAGAAAUAGAAAUUCAAAGUCAUUUAAAGCAUCCAAACAUUUUAGAACUUCUUGCAUGGUUUCAUGACUCUCACAGAAUUUAUCUUAUACUAGAAUUUGCUGGAAAAGGUGAAUUAUAUAAUCAUUUAAAAUCAUCACCAAAUGGAAGGUUUUCAGAGCAUUUGUCUGCAAAGUAUGUUUAUCAAGUUGCUGAUGCGCUUGAAUACUGCCAUAAGAAUGAAGUAAUUCAUAGAGAUAUAAAGCCAGAAAAUUUACUUCUUACUAUAACAGGUGAUAUAAAAUUAGCUGAUUUUGGUUGGUCUGUGCAUUCUCCAUCAUUGAAAAGGACCACCAUGUGUGGUACCUUAGAUUACUUGCCUCCUGAAAUGGUAGAAGGACGUGACUAUAGGCAUUUAGUGGAUAAUUGGUGUUUAGGGGUUCUCUGUUUUGAAUUUUUACAUGGUUAUCCUCCUUUUGAGGGUAAAGACCAAGAAGAUACUUACAGGAGAAUUAGAACUCGUGAUAUUCAUUAUGCAGAUUUUAUUUCGGCUGGUGCAAGAGAUUUAAUUGACAAUCUAAUAAUAAUCAGAGGUGAAAAACGGCUUUCUUUAAGAGCUGUUAUGGCCCAUUCAUGGGUUCAAGGAAACAAAUAACAUUGUUUUAAGUUUUAUUUUCUUAAAUCUUUUCUACUAUUCUUGUAAUUUUUUAACUGAUUAGACUAGAAUAAAUCAAUUAAUAUUUAUAUCUC